GGAAGUAGAAACAGAAACGAAAGAUGGCCGACACUGUCUGCAACAUUUAGUAGUUUUCUUCCUUCUACGUUGGGAUCUCUAAACAGAGGUACACACUGCUGUUUGUUAGAUAUUUGUAUUAUGUCGUGUUUUCUCCUAAAGUUUGUCAAAGUGCAUGCUAGGUCAUAGCUGAACUACGACUUGAAAGCUAGCUGGGUUGUUUGCAAAGCAUGUGUGCAGAAGCUACAUGUUAACUGCAGUUUAUAAAGAUCUCUUAACAGCUUUCUCAGUCAACUUUUCUACAGUUUUUAAUCUUAUAUCUUUAAAUUUGUAAACUUUAUAAAAUCUCAACGUGAACACGGUCACAGAACAGUUAACUAAGUAGGAAAUAUUUAGAGGACAGUUUUAAAACGCUGCUAACUUUUACUGUUUGCUCUUUAUACCUCAGUUUUGUUUCUGCUAAGCCACAGUCUUAACGUUGUAAGAGGUAAAAGAGCAACAUUAAACAGGAUUAGUUGUAGGACAAGAGUGAAUGAAUAGGUUUAGAAGUGCACAUUGUAAACAGUUGUUAUUACAGUUUCAGGGCGCUCAAGUCUUAUGCAUUCCCACCCGUUCACACGCCACACAUUGUAUUUCUCACACAUUUAAAUUACCACGUCCCCUGAGUUGCACCUUUUUUAACAAUUUCCAUUUUCCCCUCCACAAAAACAGCGACUCCCUCAAAGUCCAUCUGUUUUUUUUUCUGUGGAAAAGCAGCAUUUCUCACAUAUUAUUUUUAAAGUUCUAAUACUCAUGACAGUUUAAUGUUAAUGUACCAAAAGAUUAAGUAUCUCAAUGUUUGUGAAACCUUCACUGAAGUACAAUUUCUGUAAAUGCCCCACAGCCCUCAUUUUAACAACUCGCCUCCACAACAGCUACUUUUACAUAAAUUUAUAACUUGUAAGUAAUGACUUUAUUCUCAUAAGUAAUCUCAAAGUUAUUUUUUUUUCUUAAUGUGGCCCUUUUAGUGUGUUGUAUUUAUUAGAUUAUAUUAAUACAUUAUCUUUAAUUACUCUUCACCCGUGACCCCCCAUCUCACUCCAAGCUUAGUUCAAAACCUGAGAGCCCAGCAGUUGAAAUGAUAGACUUGGCAUGCUUAAUAUUUCAACAUUUUAUUCUUGUUUUAUGAUUAUUGCUUGAUAUUUCUAAUGUUUCUCAUUUUGGCAGGAUGCGUAAAUACUCGUAAUAAACAACAGGCAUUGCUUGAAAAUUUCUGGCUGUCAUGGAGGAUGAGAGACGAAAACUGACUCCAGAGCAAGACGCCCUGGAGCACAUAGCCUCCCGUAAGGACAAACCUUUUCUGGAGGGAAGAUACAUCGAUUCCUUUAAAGGUAGGGGGUACUCACCUGAUGACAGUAUAUUGAUUAUUGUAUUAAUAUGAAGUUUUCUUUACUACCUGAGAACAGGUUUGGGGACUGGUACAUCCAGAGCCCUUUUUUAAAUGAAGUUAUCAAUCAUUCAGGAUUUAGUUGAAUAAUUGGAGUUUAAGUAAAUGAAGUGCCUACCUUAUUUAUUUUUAUAACUACAAUAAUUAACAGGAGUGUGGCCAUGAGCUUAGUCAUACACUGCAGGAUGAAUCUGUAGGAUGAAUAAUCCUGCUCUGUCCGAAUUGAUGCAAGACUAUUGUAAUAAAUGUAAAAAAUAAAGUUUACUAAUAGACAAGACUAUAAAUGGAAAUUACUUUAGAGAGAAAAUAAGUCGGAGCAGGAUACUUGUCUACUAUUCUGUCAAUAUAAUUAUGCGACUUUGGAAUAGCUGAAAUAUUCAUAGUAAUGCAAUUUACCACCAGCUUUCAUAAACGCCACACUUAAACGGCUUUGUACUAUUUUAAUGGUUAUAUUUCUUACCCAGGGAGAGGGCUGUUUACCUACAAUGCCAUUAAGCCAUCUAUGUUUGUGGUUGAAUAUCGGGGGAACAUCUACUCCACCAAAACCACAACACCCCAUAAGACCUGCCCCGAUUCUCUGGUCAAUUAUUUAUUUGAGUUUUCAUGGAAUGGAGCGCACUGGUGGUGAGUUAUCUACUUUUUAACGAGGUUUGUCAAAGACAUGUUAAUCCUAAAUGAGUCUAAUUAAGAUUAUUUCACUUGCAGCAUUGAUGCUUCAUCAGAAGACCGGAGCCUCGGUAGGCUGGUGAAUGACAACAACAUCAAUCCCAACUGUGAAAUGAAGAAAGUGAUUUUUGAGGGAAAGCCACGCCUGUGCCUGUUUGCCGUGAGGAAUAUAUCACCAGGCGAGGAAAUCACUUUCAAUUACGGGGACUCAACUUAUCCUUGGCGCUCAAUGGUAGGUUAAAAGAAAGAAAAUAACUUUAAAUUCCUAAAGUACUGUCACUCAGUUUUAUCUAAUUUUAUUCAUGUCGUAAAAUUAAAAUGUAUUAGGAUUAGAAAACAUCAGGUUAACAAAGGUGUCAAAUUUCCUCAUGACUUUUGCAUCUUGUUCGAUUUUUGCAGGAGUCCUUAGAUACGUCAAGUCUUUCAUUUUCAGACUUUUGUGCUACUCCAUCAACACCAAGAGCUGAAGGGGUAUGUUACUCUGAUUAUAUCAACUUCCUCAUGACUACGUUAAUUUUACGUUAUAUUUUUGGUGUGGUGGCUAAUCUCUCAUGACGUAAGUUCAAUUCCCGUCCAUGCAGAAGUGUUUGUAAAUCUAAAAAAGGGGUUAAUUUUAUGUUUUGUGUUGGUAAAGAUAUAAAAUGUCCUGAUUGGUAAAAUAGUCAGCUAAUCUUACCGAAGUCCUCAUUUACACUGUGACCAUGUUUUCUCUGUUCAGGACUGGAAUCCAGCCUCCAGUUUCAAUCACUCUGAGGACGAUGUUUACGAUGACGACGACAUCGACGAGCUUAUUGACAGUGGACCAGGAUCUGGCGGUGACAGUUUUUGUGGUACUAGCAGUCAGCAACGCCGCUCUCAAGGGAAGUCAGGGACCUUAAUGAUAAAACCAGACGGAGCUUCAAGCUUCAUGCGGGACAACAAAGCUUCUUCCAGCUCCAGUGACUCUGAGGAAGACCAGGAACACCGACCCACCGGGGCUUCGAAAAAGUCCGAAGAUGCCAGUUACGCCACGAAAAACUUUUGUUAUUUUUGUUCUGCUGGUGUUGAAAAAAUGGCAAGGCAUCUUUUGAAGCAUGUUGACCAAGACCCUGAACUGGCGAGAGCUUUUUCAUUACCCACAGACUCCAGAGAGCGAAAAAAGAUACUUGACAGUUUUCGGACCAAAGGAAAUAACAAACACAACCAGGAAGUAUUGAAGUCCAACUGUGGAGAGUUAAAACUCAAACGGCGACCAACAACUAAGGGUGCUAAGUCAUAUGCAUGUUGCCCGCACUGUACAGGCAUGUAUGUCCGCACUGAAUUAUGGAGGCAUAUGGCCAGAUGUCCUGAAAUAUCAACAUCAACAUCAACAUCGACCCCCUCUACAAGCGGCAGGACAAAAAUUUUGGGUAAGAUUGCUCUUGCAGAGUCCCCAUUCGCCCAAAAACUUCCAGCUGCUGUUUCGCAGAUGCUCUCAGGAAUGAAACAAGACGAGGUUUCAAGUGCAAUUCAGAAUGAUCUUGUUUUGCUCAAGCUGGCAGAAGAUUUGUCUGAGAAGUCUCAAAAUAAUAAGAGAAAACAUGAAUACAUCAGAACCAGGCUCAGAGAAAUGGGAAGACUUCUGGUGGCGCUCCAGGAAAAGUCAAUAACCAGCUUCCAGGAUGCAGUCAAACCUACCAACUUUCGCAGGGUUGUUAAGGUUGUACGGAAAAUCGCUGGGUAUGAUACAGAAAGGAGGAGCUACAGCCAACAGGCUCUCGCUCUGAGGCUGGGACACUCACUGAAGAAAAUAGGCUCCACUGUCCUCCAAAUGGAAGCCAAUGAGCAGAUAAGAACGGACACCAGGACGUUUAUGAAGUUAUGCACUGAAGAAUGGACUCCACUCGUCUCUCAACCAGCCCUCGCACGGCCGAACGGACAAACGUCUAAGAAGCCAUCUUUAAUACCGUUCACGCGGGACGUGCAGCUUUUCUACGGGUACCUGGAGGCAGCAUCAGCCUCAGCCGCUGACACGCUGAAGGCCUCAGAAGGUCCGCAGGUGUAUGCCGCACUUUGUAGGGUGACUCUGGCACAAGUGUCAGUCCUGAACAAAUGUUCACCCGCGGCUUCGAAAAUGACACUACAGGCGUUUCAGGAGAGGGAAGACGCUACCCAGGUGCUGUCCAAACACUUCAUCAAGAUAAACACAGGGACGGGAAAUGGUCAGAGCAGUGCCGUGCUGCUGACCUCUCACCUCGUCAGUGCGAUGAUGCUGCUCAUAAACAAGAGGGAUACAUGUGGGGUUCACAAAGACAACCCCUUCUUGUUCGCGAAGCCGAACUCUUCACCUACGAGCCUUUACCGCGGACGGCUUAGCAUCCACGCCUUUUCAAUUCUGUGUCAGGCGGAGAACCCGGAGCCCCUCAGAUCACCGCACUGUCACAGGCACGUCGCGAGAGUUUUCCAGAUCCUCACCUUGGAAAACGACGAGCUGGAACACCUCGCCAAACUUCUGGGUCACGACAUCCGAGCCGACAAGGAUUACUAUCGACGACCGGAGGCGGCCGCGGAACUCGCUAAAGUAGCGAAACUGAUCGAGGCGAUGGAACGGGGCUCCGCCGAAAACUCCCAGAGAGGGUCUCCAGAGGAAGCUGAUAUUGAGGGUUUGUAUCCACAUUAACUAUGAAUUUGAUUUAGUUAUAAAUGAAAACUUAUGAGGGCUGUUUAUUCUGCUGAAGAUGAGCCAAAUGUGGAGCGACCUGGUGGAGGAAUCAGCGAUGCCAAGGAGGAUGAUAAAGAUCCUCAGGAGAAAGGUAUGUUGAAGAGAUGACUCUGCUUUAACUCUGUUACACUUCUUCCUGUACUCCCUAUUCCAAAUAUACCUGAGAAAUAAUUUUCUAUCUCAAUGAUACUGAUGAGACUAAAAUUGAUGAUCCAUGUUUCUACUUUGUCUCAAGAUGAACCAGAUCCAGGAGUCAGUGAUGCUGAGGAGGACAAUGAAGAUCCCCAGGAGGGAGGUAUGAUGAUUAAAAUAAUCUUUGUUUGGGCGCAGAGAGGCAGAGCAGUUCGAGGACAUGCCCAAGAAAGAGCGAGAAAGACGAUGUUUGAUAUGGACAUGAGCAUGAACUUCAGAAGCCUGUUCUGUCUACUGAUCUGUCCUUUCAAAAUAAAAGCACAAAAAUGUAACUCAAAUUAUAUAAUAUUGCCACCUAAUCCAAAAGAUUUCAGAUCAAUUCAUGUCUUUUAGUUUUCUUCUAAUUUUGGCAAACUUUUCAGAAGCUGUUGAAGAAAAGCAGAAAAUUGAAGCGAGGAAGAAAAGACGAUUGACACUAAAGGAAGACGCUUCGAAACAUGCAAAGGUAUGCAGAGACUAACUACCCUGAACUAACCCAGGUUUAAAUUAGAUUGUCCUGUGCAGCGUUAGACUAAGACUAAACCUUGAAGAGCUGCCAGGAUUACCGCUGGAUUUGUUUUGGUUACAUGAAGCUAAGGAAAUUCAACGUUUAUAUUUUCAGGUCAGGGAUUCGGGAGGAUCUUGCAGUUCUGAAGGAUCCAACAGUGAAGAGGAAUACGUCCCUGAAGGGGCCACAAGCAGCGAUGACAGCGAAGGCGAGUCAUCGCUGCUCGUGGCUGCUUGUGGAUCAUCAAAACCACGUCGAGCGUCCUCUGCGAAGUUAACAUUUGACGAGCGUGACUCUGACUCUGAUCAUAAACCCAAAUCUCAGAGCCACAGGACCAAAAAUUAUUGUUUUGUUUGCGGGAAAGAUGUGUUUAAAAUUUCCCGCCACCUUUUCACCCACAGACACGAUGAGCCUGAGGUAGCUGAAGUGUUUAAGCUGCGCAAAAAAACCAAAGUGCGAAAGCAGCGCAUCAAAGAGCUCCGAGACAAAGGAAACUUUGAACAUAACGAAAAGGUUUUGAAGACGGGCUGCGGAGAACUGGUGGUGAAAUACAAGAAACUGCAAAAGCCUCCUGCUACAAAACCGUGCCUGUUCUGCAAAGACAUAAUUAUCUGUGCAGAAAUGAAGAAGCAUCUGAGGACAUGUCCGGUGAAGAAGGCCACUGAAUCUCCAAACUGCAAGGAUAGGAUCCUGUCUGUGGUCGCCUCUGCAGAGUUGGACAAUCCUGAAACCUCGUCAGAACUGAGCAGCUUGUUACAAACUCUGAGGCAAGACAAGGUCGCCAAGGUCGUCACCAACGAUUCCUAUCUUUUGCUCAUGACGCGGUACCUUUGCCACUUGAGCGGGAGUCACACAAAAACGAAACCUAGGCUCUUGCAGAGGCUGAGGGCGAUGGGAACUCUUCUUUUAGCGGUGAAGGAUCAGGAAUCAAUCAAGAGUUUCGAAGAUGUCAUGAAACCUGAAAACUUCAGCACAGUCCUGGAGGCGAUUCAGGAGCUGGCUGGUUUCGAUAGAGAGAGGAAGAUCUAUGAAAAACCUCAUACCAUGCAAUUGAUAGGAUAUUCCUUGAAGUACAUCGCUGAGAUCCACUACGCGAGAGUUUUAAAAGAAGACACGGACAAACAGAAGAUUGAGGAUGCAAAGAAAUUGGUGAAGCUGUGUCUGGAGCAAUGGUGCGGCUUCUACAGAGUAAAAUCUGUAUCGACCAUACUCUUCAUCCAAGACGGGCAGCUGCUCUACCAGUGCAUGGAGAAGACGGCGGCGUCCGCAUUCGAAAGUCUGACUAAGUAUGAAUGUGCUCCGGUCUACACCGCGCUUUUCAGAGUGACCACGGCUAAGCUUUCGCUCUUAAACCCGAACGUGGACGUUUAUAACACAACGCUCCAGUCAUUCCAGGAAAGAGGGGAGGCUGAGGCGGCUGUCAACCAAUCAGAGCUGGAGCAGAUCCUCCACAUGGAUUUGUUGAAGUUCAAUGUGAUGGACGACAAGGGGAAAAAGAUCGUCAUGACUCUGACGCCUGCGCUGCUCGCCGCACUGGAACUUCUUGUGAGCAAAAGAGACGCCUGCAACGUGGAUGUGAAAAACACCCUUUUGUUCGCACAGCCUUCCUCGAACCUUUCGAACGUCUUCAAAAGAGGCCAGUGUUUUACCACCAUCGUUGCUCGCUGUGGGGCAAAGGACAAAGCGAACCUCCGGUCUUUGUUUUUUCGCAAGUACCUCACGAGGAUUUUCCAGAUCCUCAGCUUCACGAAUGACCGGCUGGAUCAGCUGGCCAAACUGCUGGGCCGAGACAUCCAGACGGACUCCGAGUAUUACCAGAAGCCGGAGGCAGCGCAAGAUAUCGCGAAAAUCUUAGAGCUGCUAUCAGCCGUGGAGACGGGGACUGUCGAACGAUUUGAGGGGAAAUCUUUCGAGGAGAUCGAGAUUUCAGGUAUGUGCUCAGAUUUGAGGUUUUGAAGGUGCUCUGUUGGGGAUUUCUUCGCAGUGACAUCUAUCUUCUUUAGCUCUUGGACCUUUAUGGUUUGUGUCUGUGCAGUUCUCUUCUUCUUCUCUUGGGCCUCCUUACCUUUCUGAUUAGUUAGCUUUGCCAAAAACACGUGUGUCUGUUAACAGUGAAUCCUCAACUUAAUCUGGGCAACAACGGGAUAAGAGUUUCGAUUGUCUUGAUGAUUGCGUUCAUGUCAUUUAUAAUGACUUCAACAGUUUCAGUCAGUCUCAGUUUCUUCUUUGUCUCUGAAGACAUGUUGGAGCCGGUCAACCCUGAAAAAAGUGAUGCUGAGGACGACAACGAAGAAUCAGAGAGCUCUCCUCAGAAAGGUUUGUGAUGUCUUCUUUGCUACUUUAGAUAAUCAAGUCUUUGUUUUCCAAAAAGAUUAAAUGUGUUGAAAAACAGUCGAUAUUAAAAAUUGUCUGUAUCACUGACAGGUCGCUCGUCUUCGAAACGAUCGUCAAGAAAGAAAACGCCCGGCAGCUCCUCAAAGCGACUGAGAUCAAGCGGAGGGAAGAAGAAGAAGAGCAGGAGGCAGGAGAGUGAGAACGAGGCGUCUGAGAAGGAGGAGAAGGGAAAAGACAACGAGAACAAAGAGCAGGAUGACGGCUCGGAGGAAAGACCUGCGAGUCCCGCUGAGGAGGAACCUCAGGAGACACGAACAUCAAACAGAAAUGAGGACAUAACAAACAUGUCCUUCAGUGACUGCGAUGAUGACAUGAACGUAGACUUCGACGUGGACGUAGACACCGACGAGGACGUUCCCACAAACGAGGGGAACGAUGGAGGCGAUGAUGACGCAGAAGGUUCGGGGACAAAGCCGGGGUCACAGAGUCAGAAUGAAGACGACGUGGACUCAAACUCAGAGGACCAUGUGGAGGAAGAAGCAGAUCAAGAUGAAGAGGAGCAGAGUGACAUGAUGGAUGUGGACAGCAGGAGUUCCUCUCUUGUCUUAAGCAACGGUAAAUCCAAUAAAUCAGGUCACUCCAGAUCACAAACGUCUUCAUACAUAAAAGAAAAUUUGGAAUAAAUCCGAAUAAAAUCUGCUUCUUUUUAUUCACCAAAAAUAGAAAAAAAUUAACUUUUUUUCUCAGUGUUAAAUUGGCACCAAAAACUUUAUAUUUUUACUGUUUAUAGAAAAGAAGAUCGAAGUUUCUGCUGCAGAGAUCGGACUGAAAGAAGUGAAGAUUUUACUCCAAAAACUGGACUUAGUGAGUAUCUGGAUAUUUCUUUUCUUUAACACUGUGAUUAAAAAAGAAGAAAAAUAACUCAGUCAGCUGAUAACUUCUAAAUCGUUUUGAUAUUUUCUUUGUAAAAUACGACAAAGUUUGAAGCUUUUUAAUGAAAGCAGAUGUUUUAGUCGCUGCAGAGGAAAACUUUUGUGAAAACGGUGAGAAGAAGUCCUGACAGUUUUGACUUUUCAUGGAUUAGGAUCACUUGUUUUGCAUUUGUCACAGGUUUUUUUCUUUCAAUCUUGUUUAAUUUUUGUAUUUUCUGUCUCAGGAGAAGUUAAAAGCUUCAGUUCGGCGUCCUCAGCCGUCAUCUGCAGGGCGGGGUCGACCCGUCUGUGCUGAGGGUCAAAAGCCUCCAAAAUCCACGAACACUGACAACAAGACGACAAAUGAAAAAGUAAGGAAGGGGUAAAAUCUGUGAUUUUUGUGUAAUUAUUAAGAGUGUUUCGGAUAUUUUGGUCCAUGCUCAGCUUUUUCUCUCUCCCUUAUUUCAGGAGAUUCAGAUGAUCUGCUCCCACUGCAAGAAGAUCAUGACGAAAGGCCAAACAGCCUAUCAGAAGAAAGGUUUCACAGACGUCUUCUGCUCCAAAGACUGUCUGUUUCAGACGUUUCCCAUCAACAAACCAGCGACCAGAUCCUGCUUCCAGUGCAACAAGUGAGUCUCUGUCUUCCCAUGAUCUCUAAGGUUUGAUUCUUAUUAAUAACAAACUCAUCGUUCUCUUCGUGUCGUCAGGGCGAUCACGCAGCUUCUGGAUCUCAUCAUGGCCUGUGUCGAUGUCAAAGGAACUAUGAAGGACUUCUGCAGCAUGUCAUGCCUCUGCUCUUUUAAGACCGGCUCCUCCCAAACUUCACAGCAAGUCUGCAGCAUGUGCAACAAAUCUGGAUCUGUAAGGAAAAAUGAAUAAACAGAGGCCAAUAAAACAGUUUGUUUUUAUUCUCAUCUCUUCUUUUGUUCUUCUCCUCCUCAGACCAAAUGCGGCCUGAUGGUGAAGAACGUUUUCUACAAGUUCUGCAGCGAGAGCUGCUUCGAAGAUUUCCGCAGAGAAAACCUGGCGGUCUGCAAAAGCUGCAGCUCCACCUGCUACAAACCACUGAAGCUGACCCUGGAGGAGGAGACCGUGAACAUGUGCAGUCAGGCAUGUUUGGUCGACUUCAAAACGGUAAAGUCAGAAUUAAGUCAUGACCUUCCUCUUCUACACUUUUGAGGCUGAGCGACGCCUUUAAGACAUUGUAAAACACUUUAUUCUGAAUCUGAACGUCUGAAUUAAAAACCUCUUCUCUCAUAUUUUUGUUUUUGUUUCCUGCAGGAAAUCCAGGAACUCCAACGGUGCACCAUGUGCCGCGAUCCUCGACCGGUGUCAGACAUGUUUCCCCAAAACGUCGACACGAGCGUGGUGAAGCUCUUCUGCACUCGUGCCUGUUUCAUGUCCUACAAACUCAGACCUGCAGUCCUCCAAGGUUUGAGACAACAAGCUUUUUAAAGUUUUUAUGAUCGGCUUCUCCUUCUGUCUGUUAUCACUUACUUUCUUCAGACUUUAAAUCUGAAUAUUGUAAUUUAAAAAGACCCGUACCGAGGACUGUAAGACGUUGUGAUUCUUCCUCUAGAAAGCUCGGCUCACUCGAAGGAGAAAAACGGACAAGAACAAUCUGAACAGGUGAUGAAUAUUUUCAGUUUCCUUCACUCCAUAAACGAUAAAACUGAGUGACGAAAAUUUAGAAAGUUAAAUUUAUUUGUUCUCAACUAAGAAUGAUUUUUUUUCCUGCAGGAGGAGGAGAGGAUCUCUUCUGACUCGGAUGUAAACAAAGACAAACAAACUCGAUGCGCUCCGACGGUCGUGGUUGGAGAUGUGACCUUCUGCACCUUCUGUGGAAAGACUGUCCCACAUGGACGGAAAUUUUGUCCCAGAUCCUGUCAGCCUAGAGAGAAUCGAGACAAGAAGAAAUGCUACAACUGUGCCGAGUAAGUUCAUAACUGUGUCGUUGUCUAUUAAAGGUAGAUGACGCUGUUUUUAAAGGAACAACGCUCUCCUCUCCUCUCCUCUCCUCAGGGUGAUACUGCGACCUCACAGCAUGAUCCUGGCUCCUGUGGACGAUUCAGGAACCAGGAAGGAGUUGUGCAGCAACAAAUGUCUCACUUCUGUCCACUCCAAGAUAGAAAAAAAAGAGUGCAAGAUGUGCAACAAAUGCUGCGCCGUAAGAUGAAAAUGCUUCUGUUUAUAUUCGGGCCUCUCAGUGGGUUGUGUUUUUUAUUCUUAUUCCACAGAGGACCACUUUUUCAAAAGCUUCAACACCCUCUUUCUCCUCUUCCUCUUCCUCCUCCGUCAUCCUCAGGUCGGCUCCAGACUGACCAUGGACGGCCUCAGACACUCAUUCUGCAGUGACCCCUGCUUCAUCAACUACCACAAAGUCAAUAACUUACCUUUGGUCACCUGUGACAUCUGCCACCUCACCGCCUUAAAACCGUUAAGGCUGAAGACCGAGGAAGGCGCUACGUCCGUCUGCAGUGACGAAUGUCUGGUCAGACUCAAAGAGGUGAGUCGGUUUAAUCCAGAAGGUCUCGUUACUUUCAGAAGAAUCAGGAAGUCAGAAAAGUGUGAGGUGAAACUUACAUUCUAGGAUUUUAGGACCUGGUCACCAAAGACUGACCCUGGAUGAAAUACGUUGAGGCCUCACAUUGUGUCUUUGUCCUUUCUGGGUUAUUUCAGAGGAUUAGGAAACCUCAGCUGUGCUCCAUGUGUCAGACGUCCCAUCAGCUGUCAGACAUGGUUGAAAAUGUAAACAAGGAGGGAACUCUGAACUUCUUCUGCAGCAGCCGAUGUUCGAUGGUGCAUAAGGCUCAGUCCGCCACCGUGUCGGGUACGUAUCCGUCUCUGUCCUCUUCAUUUCCACUUUUUUCAGUGACUUUUUAAAACAUAAAAAAAUACUUCAGAAUGAGAGUUUGACUUUUUCUCCUCUCGUGAUUUUAAAGGGAGGAAAAGUCCUCCGACCUACAAGAGUGAAGCAGAAGAGGAGGAAGAAGAGAGGGAAGAGGACAUUAAAGAAGUCAAAAUUCUUCCAAACUUGGACUUUGUGAGUUUUUCAAGUCUCUUAUUAUUCUUCUUAUUGUUUUGUUUUUACACUGGGAUGAAUUUGAGCCACGUCUCAGUCUGAUUCCUGCAGAUUUUGUUGUGAUGAACAUGAUUUACUGAUCAGUGAAAAAUGAAUCAUGACUUAUUACAUACUGACUAAAAUCUGAGCGAUAAUCCAGACAGACUCCUUUUCUAUGAAUGUCGCUGAUGCACGUCUCUGCUCUUCACUCCCCGUCAAGAUUAAACAAGAGCCCGUCGAGGUGGAGUGCAAACCAAACCUCUCAUUCCUGGUUUCUGCAGAGAACGUCAAAGACGAGCCUCACGUGUCAAAGGUGGGAGAAACGCACGUAUUUAUUUAUCAGGGUCUUUGAGAGCAGAGAUCUACUUUCUAAUCUCUACAACAAAAACGUUAAAACUAAAACUGUACGACUAAAAAUUUCACCACCAAAGUGAGCUGAACAUUUGUGCCGCUGAGGUUUAAACUCAGUCUGCAGAUUGUUUCAGGUAAAAGGAGCAGAAUCAAGAUUAAAAACGGAGAAAGAUAAUCUGGAUUAAGUCCAGGAUAACUGAGCUAAUGUUUACUCAGAUUAGUCCAGCUGAUUUAAGAAUAUGAGGAAGAAGAUCAGAAGUAUUUAAAGCAGAUACCAAGUCGAUUUCUUAACCGUCUUUUGUGACGUUCAGAAAUGUCCUUCCAAAAGUCACGUCUUUAUCGCGGACUGACUUCUGCCUCUGAGCUGCUCGCUGUUCGUCUUUUAACAGGAGGACUUAAAGAUCGAAGAAGUCUCAAGUCUCUCCUCGUUAGACUCCGCCCCCGCGGCGUCCACUCAGACCAACUUUGACACACCCGUGCCUUGCUUCAACUGCAAAAAAGUCCUCAAGGACAGAGAGACGGUUUAUCAGAAGAAGAGCCACGCUGAGAUCUUCUGCUCUUCUCCCUGUCUUAUGAAAUUUUACGAAGCGGAACAAGAAAAGACGAGCUGCACCUUCUGCCUCCAGUGAGUCGCGCACAGAUUUCAUCCAGCCGUGGUGAAAAUGUUCGACUCUAGCGUGAUCGCAUCUUUCCUUGUCUCUUCAGGGCGAUAACACGGAGGACGAAGACUAAGGUCCUUCAGGCUCCGGUGGACGAUGAAGGAACGAUGAAGGAUUUCUGCGGCCAGACCUGCAUGUCGUCGUUCAACUACAAGAGGAUGAUGUCGACCAAAGUGGCGAUUGUGCCCGUGGCCUCACACUCACAGUGCAACAUGUGCAGCAGAUACUGUAUUGUAAGAGUCAGGAGGAAACACUGCCGUCCGUUUAUUUCCUCGUUUUCCUCUCAGGUUGUUCUAACUUUGAUCGCCCCUCUCUCUCCUUUCGCAGAGUAAACACGAGAUCAUACGGCAGGAUGUCGUUCACAAGAUCUGCAGCGACCCCUGUUUUCUCCGGUUCUGUAAUUUGAACAAGAUGUUUAUCUGCGUGAACUGUCACUCAAACUGUGAGACGCCCCUGCUGGUCAGGAUGCAGGACUGCAGCAAAAGGCUGUGCAGCGAGGAGUGUCUGACUCGAUACAAACAGGUGCGAUACAUGUGUUUUAUACUCUGAAAUUGAGUUUGUGAUCAUCACUGGUCCAAAAACAUGUCUUCAGUGGACACAGGCCCUAACUUCUAAUAAAACAUUCAAAGAUAACGCUUAAUUUAAAAGUUGUAUUGUUGUGUCGAGCUUCUGUUUUGUUUGUAUUGGAGUUAAACCAGUUUAGACAGUUUGUAGUGAGUCAGCGACAGUGUAAACAAAACUUUUAUAUUGAAGGAAGUCGAGGGUUUUGUCUUUGCCGCUCUUCAGUAAACAGACUCUUAACUCGACACAGUCCAGUUUCCUGAUUUUGGAGUCUUCAGGAAAACCAUGACCUGGAUGAUUGAGAAUCUUCAUGGACAUUUUAGUAAACAGACUUCUUCUUCUUCUUCUUCUUCUUCUUCUUCUUCUUCUUUCUGCUGUUUUUUCAUCCUGCAGAAGAUCCAGACUCCUCAGCCGUGUUCCGCCUGCAGCACUUCUCUUUUAAUGACGAAUAUGAUUGAGUGUAAGAACACAGACGGAGAGGUGGAGUUCUUCUGCAGCAGCGGCUGUGUGGCCGAGUCAAAGAUCAUGGCUCUCAGUGCGUCAGGUACUGGACUCUCGGACUCUGGUCUCUCAGUCUUAGAGGUGACCUUGUUACUCCUGGGGAACGUAGACUUUUAGGACCUGAAUGAGUUUCUUGUUGUUUUUACCUCCACAGGUGCUCCUGUAAGUUGUGACAGCUGUGGAAAAAUCGCAGUCCCGGUCCACCACUUCUCCAUGACCGACGCCUCCAUCAGGAACUUCUGCUCUCAGAGCUGCGCCAUGGUUUUCAAGGUAAAACUGGUUCAGGUGUUUCUCGUUGAACUCUUCAGAUCUUCUCGGUUGUUGAAGAUCGUACAGCUCGGGUUUGUUUUGUGGAUCUACCAUGUUUUUAACAGACGUUCAUGUUUCAUACAGGCGACGUUCAAGGGCAAUCCAACCUCCACUAACCCCGCUGAAGCCUCCGUCCAACGCUGGGAGGAUCCCUCUAAUCCACCGGGGGAACUUCUCUGCGUUCAGUGUCGUGGAGCGAUAAAAAACACGCCUAAAGUCAUCCAGGAGAAGGUGUUUUUUUAAGAUUAAAACUUCAAUCUUCAUAUUUUAUUUUCUAAAGGAGCAGGUUUGUGAACUAACUGAGAAAAUCUACUUGUCUGCUCUACUUGACUUGAUUGAUCCGUCUAUUUAACUGUAAACUAACGAUUAUAUCUGUGUCCACUCAGGGUAACGUGAGCUUCGUGUGCAGCCUGGCCUGUUCUCAAGAGUUCAAGAGGGUCAACAACAUCUUUGGAAAGUGUGAAGUUUGUAGGAGCGAGAAGAUCAUCAAAAUCAUCAAGAGGCUGAACGACGGAAGAAGCAGAGAGAGUAACUUCUGCAGCAACGGUACGACUGACACCCAGCGAGGAAGCCUGGUUCUGUUGAAACUGUUUGAGAAGUGAAUUUUAAGGUCAUACUCAAAAACCAGGUUUUUCCCUUUUUCCAACAACUCUGUUUUUAACUGAAUUUUAUUACUAGAGUCCCAUCAAUGCUCUCUGAGAAAUAAAGCGGUGUAAACUUGCAAACUUAAUAUAUUAUGUAAAUGAAAAGUCACAGAUUCUCUCUGUUGGAGGUAAAAACACAAAACUAGCUGCAGAAACUUUAAAUACUCGUGAGUACACAACAGGGAAAGAAAACUUUGAUUCCCUGAAUUCGUCAGGGUUUAAUUGGUGGAUCAAUUAGAGUUUAAAAAAUACAAAAUUUUCUUUCUGUUAUCCAGACUCAAACUCCAGUUCACUGUAACCUACAAAGUUCUGAAUCCAGACUUUAACUUCCUGUAGAUAUUAAGAGAAAACCAAUAAAAAAAAAAAAAGAUUUUAAUUUGUCACUGGACAUGAGGGAUCGCCUAUUUUAUUGUUUUUCUCUGCUCAUCAGGUUCUUCAUCUGCUGUAGUGAAAACCACAAACUUUGACUGCGGUUGUUAUCAAGUUUAAAGCGUCUAAAACUUUCCUCUUUUUUUUUUUUCUCAGCCUGCAAGAAUCAGUUUCUCCUGCGCUUGAAGAAACAGUGGGGCGAAUACUGUCAUUCUUGUACUUACUGCCUCUGCAUCUCAAAGACGUUUGUGACGGAGCGGUACGGACGUGCCGUGGAAAAGUUCUGCUCGGACGACUGCAAACUCAAGUACAGUUUGCUCCACAGAGACGUGAGUAUCAGCAGGAAAUAAUCCUCUCAAAACUAAAUCACUGAAGGACCAAAAAAAGGCUUUUUCUUUUUUACUUUUAUAAUUAACAAACAGGAAUACUUGCUGUUUUUUUCCCUUCUCUUCAGUCUUGAAUGUGUAUUUCCAUCAAAACUCUGUCUGACGUUAUUCUCUGAAUUCCCUCAGCUCGCAGCGUGCGACACCUGCGGUCAGGAGGGAAAACUGAGACAGAGAAUCCCACUAAUCGGAGAAGUCAAACACUUCUGCGAUGUGACGUGUGUCCACAAUUUCUGCAAUCAGAAGGUGAAGACGGUCAGCACAGGUAUGAAUGGUACCGGUCCAGGAUGUCGUGUUCUGCGGAGGUCGGGCGUUGUCUUCAUUAAUAGAGUCUGAUUCAAGUUCAGCGUAUUCAUUACGACAAACAGCAGCCCGCCUUUAUUGAAUUUAAGUAAACCUGCUUUGUCUCUGGUCCGCAGUCUCUCCUCCUCCUCCGUCUGUCAGCGCAGCAGAGUCCUCUCCGGUCAUCGCCAACGUCGUCUCACUCGCUGAAGCUUUGGCCAAACACAUGAAAGCGUCUCACGGCUCCGUACAGCGUGGUUCGAACACUCAGACAUCAGGUUUGUACUCACUCUCAGAUCCUCCAACUCAGAUUUUUCAACUCUAGAUGCAUUUUCACUGUGACAUUAUGGGUAUAAACGAUCGAUUUGCACAGGUGUAUUUAUUGUUUCACACGUUGACAUGAGGAGGAGGAGCUCAUAACGAUAAUCCCUGCAGACAUGUAGAGCAGAUAAAUAGAGCGGACUGAAGCUUCAAACUCCACUCUGACGGCUGAUCGUAUCUCUAGUAUUUCCCUCUGAGAGGUCCAACACCUGAUCUUCUGUAUCUCCAGCUGCUUUUCUGACUCAAACUCUCUUUAAUUUCUCAACAGUUCCUGCCCCCGACAUUCAGACCAAAACCGUUGCACAUGUAAGUUCACUCCAGAAGUUUAUCAACGAUCCAAACAAACCAAAACUUCCCAACAGUCGCUUUAAGAUGCAGAGAUUUCCUUAAAUGUUCAAACCGUCAUACUUUUUGUUGAAGUUUUUGCUCCUUAUUUGUUCUUCAGGCCGCCAUCCAAACUGUUCCCAAGGAGCUGAAGAACAAGUCCAUGCUGUGCACACCGUUAGUCCAUAACAAAGGCGUCUCCUGUGAUCUCCUGCAGAAACAGACUGUGGACACAGAAGUACAGACGGGUAACUUCUACUCCAAAGACAGACUGCAUCAAGAGUUUUCAAACUUUUGCCAAGUAUGAGCUAAAAUCUGUUUCUUUGUUGUGUUUUCUUGUUGUUUGCAGACAAAGUCGUACCCGAAGAGAAGGUCCUGCCGGUCCCAGUUCCAGUUUAUGUUCCUUUGCCCAUGAAUAUGUACAGUCAGUACACGCCGGAGCCUGUCGGCCUGCCCAUACCGGUGAGUAAACCAAAGAUUUGUUUUGUUUAGUUUGCAUCAGUGCAGGGAAAAUGUUGUCUGUUGUUUUUAUUCAAUGAUGCACGUAAAAAAAAUCUGGAUUAUUUCAUCAGAGGAAGUAUGACUCAGGUCUGAGGUUGGAGAAACAAUCACUUCCUCUUUUUCUGCCACUCUUCUAUAAAAAAUCUCUAGUUUCCUUUUUUCAUAUCAGCGUGUCUCUGAUAUUAAUGUUCCUCCUGUAGUGAUUUUAAUUUAUCAUAAAUGUCCCAGAAUUAAUAUUUGAUAAUAAUCUUCAAUUAUGACGUUUUGGUAACACUUAACUCGAUGCCUUUCUCUAAAGUUCAUUAUAAAUAAUAAAUAUAUGUAUAAUGUGUUAUAAUCACGUUAUAGUGCUGUAUAACUAUAGUUAUAAACACUCAUAAAUGAUCAUAACGCUUUAUAGUAAUAGUUAUAACACAUUUUAAAGCAUUUUAUCAUGACUUACAAGGUCAGGUAUUAUAAUGUGUUAUAACUGUUAACAACAGUUGUAUUAUCUAUGUGGGCAUGGUCACUGAGUUAUUAACAGUUAUAACACAUUAUAAUACCUGACCUUGUAAGUCAUGAUAAAAUGCUUUAAAAUGUGUUAUAACUAUUACUAUCAUUGAUCAUUUAUGAGUGUUUAUAACUAUAGUUAUACAAUGCUAUAACAUGAUUAUAACACAUUAUAAAUAUAUUGAUAAUGUGUUAUGAAAAUGGGCGUCAAAUAAAGUGUUACUGAUAUUUUUUAUAAAUUGAUAUUAUUUUGGUGCCCCGUGUGAGGCAUCAAUGAUUAUUUAGACGGUCAGUGACGGAGUCAGUUUGAGAGGUAAUAAAAACUGUCUCUGUUCGCCAAAUAGACCAUUUGUGAAAGGACAGAGAUUCAGGCCACUUUUAGACGGAAACGGUCUCCAUAGAAACGGAAAAAUUUCGUUUCGUUUAGGGGGUCCGUUUAGACGGCAACUGCGUUUUCAGGAGAUGAAAACGUAACAAAGUGAAACCCCCUCCAGAGUGGAAAUGUUGUAAACGCUCUGAUAGUCAAAAACGCUGAAAACGGUCAAACCUGUGACGCCCUGGCUCACGUCUGCUCGCGCUUAUGACAUCAUAGCCAUGCGCAGCUUCCUUGAAAAUAACAACAACCAUGCUAGACAGUCGAGUCGCACUGUCGUAACACUGUCCUCACGGAUCAUAUGGCUCAGCAGAGGAGGCGUCUGAAUUAUUUGCAUCAAAUAAUUAAUGUGCCAAUUGGUCGGAACGGAAGUUGUUCUACCUAUGCGUUGUUGGUGUAUAUGGGAGCGUGGUCACACGGACACUUAGCGCUACCUAGCGACCUGGCAUGCACAUUACAGCGUUUUCAACACAGCAUAAAAACUGAAAACGAAACGGCACUUUUUCGUUUUCUAUGGAGUUGGUUUGCGUCUAAAAGUGUCCUCGGGUCACCCUCCAGUCGGGUCAGUUGGGUGACCUGAAAGUAGAAACAAGUCUGGAAAGGUUUAUAUCAUCCUGUGUCCUGAGACCAGGUAAGGAACCUUUCCUGUGAGGAAUGUGUGAGUUUCACACACAGGAUUAUCUUGAUGCUGAACUUCAUCUCUGUUAGUGUCACAUUCUGCUUUCUAAGGCUCAUCUCCACCCUCCACAACCGUCUCCUACAUUGAAACUUCUUUGAAGGAUUUAUGAAAGAUUCCUGAGUGUUACCCUCCUCUUUCCUAAAUGUCCCAUAAAGCAUUGCAUGUUUGCAGCGUCAGAGUUUGCAGACUUUCUUCUUGUUUCUGCUGCAGCUGCCUGUUCCCGUGUUUCUCCCCGGGCGACCGGACAGCCUCAGUGAAGCCAUGAAACCCGCAAAGAAGCGCCGCCUUGAAUCAGAGGUGGAGAAAGUGCAGCAUGAUAAGAGCAUGCAGACGGACGGAGUGGAAACAGAAGACGGACAAAGACGAGGUGAGACAUUCAGUGAGAGUAAAGUGAUCGAACUCGUACAAGAAAUCCAAUUUUCUUUCUCUGUAUCAGUUUUAGAAAACUCCAGAAACUGCAGCUCCGGUUUUCUCGCUCAGCCACCAGAGGAAACAGACGUGUCCCGUGAGCGUCAACACCAGCUCUCCUAUCAGCUUCUGCCUCACCAGGACCCCCAGAUCUCUGCUCCGUCAUCAUCAACACAAACCGCAGAGACAGUCCACAACAAGACCACGGUAAAACACUCUUUUAAAAACGAGUGAAGGAGUUUUUUUAUCAUCUCUCUGUGGAGUGUAAUCGUCACUUUCCCCCCUCUAUAUUCCAGAGUUAUGAGCUGCAACAGUUUUCCCAGGAGAAUAAAAAGGAGGAAACUCACGGAAACUUUUCCAGAGAGCCGCUCAAACUGAAGAGUCAGUACGGCGUCUUCACCUGGAGGAGAUGGGUACAGUGGAGGAACUCACCGGCAAACCCCUAUUUUCUGUCCUGUAAGUUAUUUAUCAUCUUUUUUCCUGUUUAUGAAGUUUCGUUUAGGAGUUUUCUUCGUUUAAAAACAAGCUGAUGAGUCAGAAGGAGAAGCUGUUUUUAGAAAUAACUUCAUUCAGACUCUGACAUGAAGUUAAAAAUGAACAUCAUCUUCUUGUAGCUGCUGCUGGGACCUUAAAGGAGGAGAUCCUUCACUGCUCCGCCGCUGAGCUGAGCGACGGUCUCUGCGGCUUCAUUCAGGAGCUGAAACACGUGGACGGAGAGCCGUGCUCGCCUGACAGCGUCUUCUACUUCUGCCUCUGCAUACAACAGGCGAGACGCACGAACACGAACCCACAGGACGAUAACUUCAGCUCGUGACGUCACAUUAAUAGAUUUUAACGUCUGUGUGUUUGUUUGUCUUCAGUAUCUGUUUGAAAACGGUCGUCUGGAGAACAUAUUCAGCGACUCGAUCUAUGCCAACUUCUCCUCUGAGUUCACGAAGAUCCUGAGAGGUUAUAGACCCUCGGUCGCAGCCCGAAGUGAGCCCUCAUACGUCCUUUGUCUUCUCUUUCUACGUGAUCCAUGAACGCUGAUCGUCUGUCCUCCCGUCUCUGCAGGUUUGAACCGUUUCUGCGUGGAGGAGGAGUUUCUGUGGGAGUGUAAACAGCUGGGGACGUACUCCCCCAUCGUCCUCCUCAACACUCUGCUCUUCUUCUCCUGCAAAUACCUGGGCUUCACCACGGUGGAGCAGCACCGCCAGCUGUCCUUCGCCCACACCGUGCGCCGCACCAGAACGAACCCGGACAACACCAAGACCAGAUUCCUGCUUUUCUAUCUCCCUCAGUCCACGUAUGAAGCUGAAUCAGGUACCGAGAGUUUUGAUUUGAUUUGAGCGAAGAGAGUUUUACGGACAGUCCAGCAGACGUGACUCACACGUGUUUUUUCAGGGGAGGAUGGCGUCCCAGCGAAGAAGCAGAGGAGGACCGACCGUAUCACCAUGAUGACGGAGAACACAGAGAACCUUCUCCGCUGUCCCGUCAGACUCUACGAGUUCUACCUCUCCAAGUGGUUUGUGCUUUUACAUUAAAGUCUUUUAAAGCUUUCAGACUUACAAAACUUACGCCGACUAACGGCGCCGCAAUCACAAGCUGAAGUUCGUUUAUGACGCAAAGCAAUUCUGUUUCUUCUCUCCCUCUCUCCAGCUCGGAGUCAGUGAGGGGCCACCCUGGCUUGUUCUACCUCCAGCCGGACCCCCGUUGUGUUCUCAGCAGCCCCGCGUGGUUCUCCUGCAGGCCUCUGGACGACGGCACGAUGGAGGCAAUGCUUGUUCAGAUCCUCGCCGUCCGACAGAUGUGGGAAGGAGGUGGAGGAGGUUUGAAUCAAGAGACAGCGGGAGGAGACACAAACAUCUUUACCUGAGGAGGAGGAGGAGGAGGAUUCAGGCUGAAGACGGACAGUGAGAGAGAAAAUUGUUUUUUUCUUUUACUGUUUAUGUGUAAAUCCUGAAAACAUGCUGCUCUGAAAAUUACACCGACAAUCAGUGGAGAAAAUGAGACCCUGUUAUCAUGUCAGCUGUGAGUUUUUCAGAAAUCAGGAGAGCUGCUGCUGAACGCUUCAGUCAGGCUGUGGGAUUAUUUUUGAUUCUUUCAGAGUCAGAAAACAUCUAAACUUUUAUUUCAAACCAUCUGGAGCUGCGAUAGAAACCUGCGGGACUGUUUGUGUUUCACAGAGAGACGUGUAGCUCUGAUUAAACAAAGACUGAAGACGUGCAGCAGAGCAGAAGAGCUGAGCUUUAUCUAGAGGUCGCCGUCCUCCUGCUGCGUCUUCAAACUUCCAAAGUAACGAAUCGAUGAAAAAAUCUUUAAAAAGUCUGUUUUUAUUUUGUUUUUAAGACGUUUAUUAAGCAGCAGAUUCUGACAAAGAGAAAUGAAGCAAAUGCAGACGUGCAAAAGACUGAAGCACCAAAAACCACAAACUCACCUGAUCAAAAAAAAAGUUAAUUUCUGUCUGAGGGUUAAUUUUUCUUAAUCUCAUUUUAGACUCAUCAGAGUGAAGUUCAACAGUUUUAUAAGACGAGGAGGUAACUUUGUUCGGUCUCUUUAUACGGGGGGUUCAGUUUUUGUUUCGGUCCUCGGAGUCAGACGGACGUUGGAGUUCUCAGUUGUGC